AUGCCCCUCUAUGACGACGACAAAUCCUGGGUAGCCUUUGAUCAUAGCAACAUCAAGUUUGAGGCGGCGUCUGUUAAAGCCAAGCGUGGAGAAUCAGUUCGCCAAAAGGGCGGCAUCGCAUCGAAUCACAAUGCCGAUGCUUGGAUGAAGAAACCAAUAAACUCUGAUGCAUCAUGGAUGCCUGUAGCGCCUCCAAGACGAGGCACUCAAGAUUCGAAAAGCUUGCAAUCACCAGCGACGGUUACACAUCCACCUUCUGUGACCCACCCGCCUGCUGUUAAACGCAGAAAUUCUUCGUCUAAUACAUCAGCCACAAAUCCGAUUUCUUCAGAUUCGUCUUCCUCCUCUGGCCGUCAUUCGGCUCGUAUGAGAGGAGGAUCCACAGAAGUUAUCUUGGCGGCCCCUCAGGAUGUUAUACAUGAUCGUAGUCAACACACUCACAGCCAACGCAGCCAACGUAGCCGAUCGAGGUCGACGCGAAAGUCUCAAACGGCUCCUUUCCCUCCUAGUGGGACAUCUGGCAAUCAAACAUCAAAGAGCUCAGGUCGGGGUCGCUCUUCAAGCCGUACUCGGAAUAGCCAACCAUCUCCUGUGCGCAGACGAUCACACAGUCAGCAGCGACAGCCGUCUCCGGCACCGAAAUCAAGAGGCCGAUCUUCCAGCCGAAACAGGGAGAGAUCUACAAGCCGGACCAGAAGCAACACUCGUGGUAAUUCAAGAACAAGGUCCACUAGUCGUACUCGAUCAAACAGCCGCACUCCUGCUGUAACAACGAAGCGAAGGUCCAGAUCAAACAGCAAGACUCCGUCGGUUCAACCAAGAUCACGAUCGACCAGCCGUCCAAGGCCUGCCCGUCAAGACUCUAACUCGCAGCUAUCCGCCGUUCGGCGAGAGUCUGACGGAAAUAUCAGUCAGCGAUCGCGAAGCAGAGGAGGCCCUCCACCAUGCACAUCGCGCACUCGACGAGAGAUGCAAAUGCGGACGACUGCAAACAGUGCAAGCAGCGUGGGUCCCGGUUUGCCACCACGGCACUCCCCCACAUGCGCCACAAGGCCAGGGCCAGGAGAUGACCACAGCGUGCACACUGCAGAUCCCAAUUUGGGGAGGGACAUUACGUUUGGCAACGCUGCCAGCCAGCCCCUCUCCCCCACAAUUGGUCAUAGUCAUAGUCAGAAGACCAAGAGAUCCGCAUUGAUGGAGAAGCUAUUUGGAAACCAGGUUGACCGUGCUGCAACUUCGACAGGUGGCUCGAGUAUACCGUAUCUUGAUCGCGGCGUCGCCAAGAAUCCAACGACAGCUUCAAAGUACCUGAAGGCAUUUUCUUUUGCGUCCGAGCGAGAGGCCAGAGAGUCUGCCAUCGCCAACGCCCCUCCGAAGAUGUUGCCGUUCACCGACAACCCCAUUUGCUUCCUCUGCAAGGGAAAGUUUGCCGUCUUUCGUCGCGCCGGUCACUGCCGCAACUGCGGAGUCUGUGUGUGCAACAACUGCUCCACAAGCUGGCCAGCACGAAUGAUUCCAGAUACCUACAACCUGAAGAAAGAGUCAACAGUGAAAAUCUGCAAGAGCUGUGAUGCUCUAAGCAGGUCUUUUAAGAAGGCUUUGUUAACUGGCAACUACGAAGACGCUGUUGCCCUUUACGGGACAGGAAACAUCAAUCUUCGUACACCCUUCCCUGUGUUUUCAAAGAAGGAUGAAAUCAUGUAUCCGAUCCAUUGUGCGGUGGAAGGAGGGGACGCGAACGUUGUGCGUUGGUUGAUGGAUGAUCACUUCUGCCCCAUCAAACUAAUCAGGACCGGAAGUGGCAAGAGGGCAAAGCGGGGUAUGACGGGUACGGAUGUUCCUAUCUUGACGUCCAAGGGUCGGUCAGUGUUGACCAUUGCCAUGAGCGGACUGAAGAUUGACAUCUUGAGAUACUUGGUUAUCGAAAGAGAUGUUUCUGUGUAUGAGUCGAAGGAUCUAAAGAGUUCUCUGCGGGCUCUUGAGGCCGCCCUCCAGGCGCUUCCGCCUCUCAGUCCCACAGAAAGGGACGAUUGUCCGAUGGCCGCCAGGUGGGACGAUGAGAGUUUUUCUGGUGCCGAUGAUGGAUCACUAUCGAGCAGCUUCGACGAAGGAUCUGUUCAAGAUGCGAGCAUAGACAAGAGCAAAUCCAGCAAGCGGUCCAACACCGCAAGCCGCAACGGAGAAGCUUGCAUCAUCUGUUACGACAACUCAAUUGAUUGUGUGAUGACACCAUGUGGUCAUCAGGUAUGCUGUCUUGAAUGCAGCGCAAAUCUUAGUGCUUGUCCUGUUUGUAACAACCAAGGCGAGUUCAUCAAGAUCUUCCGGCCGUGA